UUUUCGGAGGAGUAUUUCUGUCUGUAAUAAAACCUUUUUGUGGGUAAAAAAAAAAACAUUCUGAUUGGCUGGGCCUGGCUCUCCAGUGGGUGGGCCUAUGCCCUCCCAGACCUGCCCCUGCCUGUCCAGUCAUGUGGAAUCCAUAUAUUAGGGCCUAAUUAAUUUAUUAUAUUAUGAACUGUAACUCAGUAAAAAUUUUGAAAUUUUUGCAUAUUGCGUUUAUAUAUUUGUUCAGUAUAUUGUAAUGCCGAUAACAUCGGUCUUGUGGUUUAAUUUAUGCCCAUAUGAUGAAAAAAGGACUUUCUUUGAUUAGUUGGCCACCAUAUGGAGGAGGCGGAGGCAAAUUCAGAUGCCAUGCAUUGUGAUCUAAAGCUGACGCAUAAUAAUGCCUUUCCAAUGUGGACCACGCCCGUUAUUAUGACGAACUGCUUAUUUCGAAAUUCGUUUUGCCGUUUUAUUAUAUUGUUACCUCUAUUGGUAAAGUAAUUUGACAUCAUAUUGUUUUGCGUUUGUAAUACGGGAGUUGAAAAGAGGACAGUUUCUUCGCAGAGAGAAUUCUCUCUAUGAGGUGAUGCUCCAUUGAAGCCGAGAUGUCCUACAGCUAUCCCGCCAAAGUCAACGUGCCUCCGGGUUUGAGGACGCUUUUGGAAGGCCUCAGUCGGGCUGUAGUGAAAAGGCGGCCAGAUUACAUCUCACAGUUUGCUCAGUUGUACUUCGCUGAGCUCUUGCGCUUCAGGACAGAAAAUCCAACUCUUGCUAUCAAAGCCCUCGUGAGAGAAUUCAAUACAACUAAAGUGCCUAAGUUACCAAGUCAUGGCAUUGGAACUGUGAUUGCUCCACUGGCAGUUCAGAAUGAAAGUGCCACAGCAGCCUCUUCUGGUGGUCCUUAUGUCCAACCAUGUGGAGUUCACCCUCCAGUCGGGAUUUUCCCAACCCUUUCCAGUAUUCCAGGAGUGGAGGAGCAGGGUGCUGAGCAGCCCUGGAUCUCUAACGUGUCCCCUCACCCCAUCUCAGCAGAGCAGACCGAUGAUGUAGUCGUCUUCCGCAGGAAGUCCAGCACCGACUGCAUGACGGCUGACUGUGGUAUCAACUCUGCUGCUUCAGACCAGACCCGGCGAACCGAGUCAGCUCUCUUCGAGAGGGUCCCACUGAGUGAAAUCGAUCUCAUAUCCAAUGCUGUUCUGAUCAGGACACCUUCUGUGCCCUGUGAGUACAUGAUUGUGGUGCAGUCAGACAAUGUCCCAGAGACCAUAGUGUUUCAGAGAGACUCAUCAGUCAGUAAGAAAAUGAGGAAUGCUCGAGCAGCAGCUGGUGGUGCUGCCACUGGUGCACCGGGCAACGCCCAGUCUGACUGCACACCCUGUUUGACCCCGCCUAUAGCCCCAUCACAAAUGGUCAAAGAUCAGCCAGCCACCAAAUUGGUCACGCCCUUAGUGGUGACUGAGGACCCUCCGCUUUUUGGUGGUGGAAAUAAGGCUGCCGUAAUCCAACCUGGUUGGAAUCCACUUUUACCUGGAGACAAUUCUUUCUACAAGCACAUGGAUGUAAAUAAAGCAUUACCUGAUGCAAAUGCCUACAACCCCUACAUGAAUGAAAUGAUAGUGGAUCAAAUGAAUGGGGUGAACUUUGGUAUUUUACCCAAGGUGUCAGAUGAGAUGACAGGCUUCAAUGUUAUGGGCCCACCCACCUUCAUGCCACCAGGUGUUUCAGCAGCAGAAGAAAUAAGAGCUUCUAGUUUAGUGUAUCCUCCGAUUUCAGCUGGACAGGAGGCUAAUGCACUCCGUUUGGUGCUCCCGACGAUUUCCAUUGCUCAAGAAAGUGGAGCACUCCCAUUGCUUAGCCCACCAUCUAUCUCAAAGCCACAAGCCAUUACAGUCCCCAGUGUGAUGUGCCCAGCCAUCUCACAACCAGAGGAAACAAAGACCUCCAAGGCAGAGGAUCAAUGUACCCGAUCAAUGUACCCUCCUAUUGUGCCACCCAGUUUACCAAACGCAUCUGUACCAGCUCCACAGGAAACAACAGCCACUCUGCUUAAUCCCCCAUUUUUGGCCCAGGAGGAAACAAGACCCCCUUCAUUGCCACUCACCCAGGCCCCAGUUGCCCACAUGCAUCAGUGCACUGGUCAGAAUGCACUAGCAUUUCAUGUGAAUGAGGAGAGCAGAAGAACACCAUAUAUGAUUCCAUUGGUCUCUCAAAGCAUUAUGGGAGUGACACAGAUGUAUGUUCAACCACAACAACCCCAGUUCAUUCACAGCUGGUCCAGAGAAGCAGAUUCACAAAGGCCAUGUAACACAGCGCCUACUGCGGCCAUGCCGGAGUGCCAGUAUGUUAGACCUGGAGCAUGUGGUAGCAGCUGGAGACCUUGCCACCUGGCACGCCCUGAGUUUAUGGCCGGGAUGCCAACAGCUGUGGCUUGCCCAGGAGGAUCUAGGACUGUGAUUGGCUGUGGGCAAGAGCAAGGCUACCUCCCUGACCAGGCCAACUUGCCAAUGCACCAGGACUUUGGGCCCCGGUUCAGCUCCCAUCACAUACGUAUGUGUGGUGCCAACUUGUUUCAAACCCUCUGCCCCAUGAGUGGUGCCUACAUGCCAGUCAAACCCUCAGACCAUCGCUGCUGCCAGACUGCCCCUGAUGUGGUCCUUCCACACUAUGCACUGAUCAACAGCCCAACUCACGGUGUUGCCUCUUAUCUUUGCCCUACUCCAUCAUCCAUGCAGCCCCAGGGUUUUGCCUAUGAUUCUGUCCACAUGUAUGGUCCCCACAGUGAAACUGUAAAUGCAAUGUCAUCCACCUUCAAUGUGAGGGCCCAUGCAGGCCACCAGCAAGGGACAACAGAACACUGCAGAGAGCCCAGUAAUAUGCCAAUGGGUGAACAUCCAAAUGAGCAGAAUUAUUCUGGUUAAUGACAGCACAUCGCCAGGAAUGAUCAACUUAUUUAAUUUGUUCCUGAAAACAUACUGAACACCUUCAACAUUCUGCAAUAAACAUAGC